AUUAUUUUGACAUUUUAUUUGUGUUACUGAAUUUUAGAUCAAAUUGACAAGUUAAUUAAGGUCGAUUUUUCAAUGUAUCAAAAUAAUUGUUACUGAUCAUUACAUUUUGACAGACAAAAGUUUGGUGUUUAAUCGUAGGUAGUUAGUUGUCUCUGGAGUUUAUAUUGAAUAUUUGACUAUUAUAAAGACAUUUGUCCAACAAAAAAAUAUCAAUUAACACAGGAUUUGAAGAUCUUUAUCCAUGUUUUGAUUUAGUAAAUGGACAAAUCUAAACGUCUCUCAAGACCGUCAAAAAAGUUUAAAUCAUUAAAAAAGAUCGAUUCCAAAGAGAAUUCUUCAAAUUUAGAAUUGAAAUCUAGAUACGAAAGACUUUUGAAAGAAAACGCCGAGUUAGAUAAAGCUAUUAAAGAAUUUGAAGAUAAUGGUAUUACAACUGAUCUUCAUCCUCAAAUGGACGCCCUCCAUGAAUAUAAUGAAAUGAAGGAUCUAGCCCAAAUGAUUUUAGGUUAUUUGGCCGAUGCCGAACAUGUUACUGUAACUGAAUUACAUAAAAGGUUCAACUUACCCAUCGAUUAAAUUAUUUUUUUUAACAGUUUUAGGUAAAUAAAAUUAUUGGAAUAAUCAAAUCGAAAUGUCCGAAAGUUCCGAAGACGCCGUACAAUCGAAUAAAUCGAACGAAAAAGACAAUAUCUGUCGAGAUUUUUUACGUGGAACGUGCAACAGAAACAACUGUAAAUAUAAACACGAAAACGAAAUAAAACCCUUGAAUUUCUGUCACGAUUUCCAAAACAACGUCUGCCCCAGACCGUUUUGCAAAUUUAUCCAUUGUUCUCCGAACGAGGCCGAUCAUUACAAACGUACCGGACAGAUGACGCCGCAAAUCCUUUCCGAAGUUACGUUAAAGAAUCUGCUCCCGGAUCCGCCGCCCGUCUGCGAUCAAUUCAGACGCGGCCAAUGCCGUAGAUCCAAUUGCAAAUACCGCCACAUCACCAAAGAACAAGAAGAAGCCGAAAUUGUCAACGGCGAACACCAGAAACAACGUUCUUUGCUAUACGACAACGAUAACGGUAAUAUCGCCGAACCGCAGUUGGUGCCAUUGGAAUCUGUCAGAGGUAUUCUUAGGAGAAACGGCGUAAGUUACGACGAAUAUAAAGACGACGGACUUCCGUUGAUAAAACGACGGUACGCCGCGAUGUCCGAACAAGAAAUGAUAUCUUGCGAUUUUUUGGAAUCUCGACUCGGUCCUUAUUUCAAAGGAUAUUUCGCUGGCGUUCCCCCUCAGGGUUAUUUCGCCGGUAAUCCCCCGCCGCAUAUGUUGGCCCGAGCUAAUGCCAGAACUUUAAUGUUGGUGGAAGAAAAUGCAAUGUUACUGAAAGAAAACGCUCGACUCAAAAAACAAGUAUCGAAUCUGACAGCCACCAAUGAAUUUUUAUUAGAACAAAACGCCGCGUUGCGCGUCAACGACAAACGUAACGGUACGGUAAACGUACCGGCCGUUAGCAUAACGAAUUCCCAAACGCCCCAACAAGUUAAUAGGACAGUGAUAGCCAGCGUAGCCACCGUACCGGUAUCUCUGGCAACGGUAUCCACUUGUAACCCGGUAUCUAUUACCGGUUGUCCCGCCGUUAGCAUGGCCCCAGCGCAGAUUUUAGCCAACAGCCAACAAAUAUUAGUGACGACAAAUCCUACGACCCAAUUAGCGAUCGCCAAUAGUUCCCAGGCCCAAUUGGCGAUAGCCCAACAGAAUCUCGCAACGAACCUCGCCGCCGCUCAACAGGCCGCCCAACCUCAAUUGACGUCGCAAGCUCAACACAUGGCCAAUCAACAGAUGGCGUUGGCUACUGCGGCGGGUCCACAAUUGACGACGCAAGCGCAACAACUCGCCUUGGCGGCCGGUACUAAUCAGCAAUUGACGUCGCAAGCUCAACAGUUGGCGUUGGCGAGUACCAACCAACAGUUGACGUCUCAAGCUCAACAAUUGGCUUUGGCCAGUACCAAUCAACAGUUGAGCACCCAACCUCAACAGUUAACCGUGACGAACGUACCUCAGCAAUUAGCUUUAGCCAGUACUAAUCAACAAUUGAUUGCUCAACAAAAUUUGGCGUCGGAAAUUCACAGGAGCACCUCGCAAGCUAUAGCGAUGUCUAAUGCCGCUUCUCAACCGAUGGUGUCGUACCCGAUAAUGACUCAAAGUAUUAAUCACGCUAUGACGCAUUAGUUGACGGUGUUUUGUGGAUUCGGCUACGGGCGUCGUACUUAUUGUUGAUGUUUUUUCUUUUUUUUUUGGCAAAAAACUGGAAUCGGGAUUGUUUUUGGUACUAUAUUGGAUGUUUUUUGGCUCUGUUUUGAUGAAUGAAUCAAUUAUAUAUCAAUUUAAUUCAUUAAUUGGGUAUAAAAUUGAUUUUUGGGCAGUUUUGAUUCGUCCAAAAAGAUUUUGUCUUUUCGUAUAUUUUGAAAUCUUCAAUCCUGAAAAAAUUUGAGACUUUUUACUAUAAUAUUUCUUGAAUUGUAGAGCUUCGAAUAAAUUGUUCGAUAUGUAAACUUUAACGCCCCACACCUCACUAACGCUUCUUUGGAUGACUCUAUUAUAUUUUGGGGCGUAAAUUUAGAGUAUUCCUAUCAAAUUUACCACAAAAUAUGUCAAUUUGAGCACAAAAUCCGAGCAGAUUGUUUAUUUAAUAACUUGGAUUCUUCCAAAUACUGAUUUACCUUCUCAUUUCGUUCAUAUCGUUGAAAUUCUUUAUUCUGGAAAGUUGUAUGAAUUAUUUGCCAAAUUAAGAAGAAUUUCUGUAAGAAUCGUUAAAAUUUUAGAUCGUUUACUAAAAUAUUUUUCGAUUUGUUGAGCUUCGAAUCAAUUUUCCUUCGUUUUGUGAACUUUAACGCCCCAUAUCUCACUAACGCUUUUUUUGAAUGACAAAUUAUAGUACCAAAAGCAUUUUUGUGUAGCUUAACAAAUUUUUGAGGGUAAAUAUUUUUUCCCGGAUUAAGAACUGUGAUUUUUAUUUUAUAAAACAGAAGAUUUGGCGGAAUUUGACGAUGUUUUUUCGAUUUCGGAUAACUUUCCCUGUGAAAUGAUGUAAACAAUAUUUAAAGAUGUAAAUAAUUUUUUUUUCAAAUUUUAUUUGGCUUGUAUCUCUCUGUGCUUAGUUUCACUGAAUUGUUUUAUCUUGUAAAAUUAUUUAUUUCGACUUAUUACUAGUAGUUUAUUGGGUUAGAAUAGGUUUAAAAAAAAAACAAAAACUGAUUAGUAUUUUCGGUUAUAGUUUAUAAAAAUCAACUUCCAUGAAUUGUAAAUAUAGUAACUAAAUAAAAUAUUUAUUAAUUAGAA